GUUCAACAACUGCUCUUACAUUUCCAAGUAAUGAGUAAGUUCCUUCUUUCUUGGAUUGUCCUUUUUUCAUUCCUAGACUUCCUUAAUCUCUCAGAUGCAGCUAGCAUUGUCAAUGUGAUUAAAUACGGCGCCAAGCCUGAUGGCAAAACCGACUCUACCCAAGCAUUCGUCAAGGCAUGGGUCAUCGUCUGCAACUCGGCCCAGGCCGUGACAAUGUAUGUCCCUCAGGGACGUUUUUACAUCAGAGCGGUGGUGUUUAGAGGACCAUGCAAGAAUAAAAUUAUUGUUCAAAUAGAUGGUACAAUAGUUGCUCCUGCUGAUUAUCGCGCACUAGGCAGCACCGGAAGUUGGAUACUGUUUACUAGAGUUAACAGAGUUGCUGUCAUUGGGGGAACUCUUGAUGCCAGAGGAGCUGCCUUUUGGAAAUGUAGAAAAUCUGGACAGAAUUGUCCCCAAGGAGCUAUAUCUAUAACAUUCGAGUGGGGGAAUGACCUUAAACUCAGUGGUUUGACAUCGAUAAACAGUCAGGCGGCUCACCUCAUGAUUAAGAGAUGCAACAAUGUGAUGGUUCGAAAUGUGAGGCUUAAUGCCCCGGAUCAAAGUCCAAACACUGACGGAAUUCACCUCCAUACUGCAACAGGAGUUAUCAUAACUGGAACUACAAUUCAAACUGGCGAUGAUUGUGUAUCAAUCGGUCCUGGUACUAGAAAUUUGUGGAUGGAGCGGAUUCAGUGCGGCCCUGGACACGGAGUCAGCAUUGGAAGUUUGGGAAAAAAUGCGAAUGAAGCUGGCGUUCAAAAUAUUACAUUGAUAGACUCUGCAUUCACAGGUUCGGACAAUGGCCUGCGAAUCAAAACUUGGGCUAGGCCUACUAAUUCUUUUGUCAGGAACGUUGUUUAUCAGAAUAUUCAGAUGAGAAAUGUCAGAAAUCCCAUCGUCAUCGACCAAAACUACUGCCCCCACCAUCAGUGUCCUCAUCAGACUUCUGGGGUAAAAAUAACUGGAGUGACGUAUAAAAAUGUUCAAGGCACAUCGGCUAGCAAAGUUGCAGUAGCUUUUGAUUGCAGUCCUACUCAGCGGUGCACGGGGAUCAAAUUGCACGACGUGAAACUUAGUUAUCUGGAUAGAGAUGCACGCUCAAUGUGUAAAAAUAGUGGAGGAAAAACCACUGGAAUUUCUAUGCCAAAUAGUUGCUUGAAGAACUAGCUGUUUGUGUAGCCAUGUAGCAAAAAUAUGUUCAUUUGCGUUUGCCAAAGAUGAGAUAUCUAACGGCUGAAGAUUUGUAAAACUGCUUCCAUUUGAUAUA